AUGCAUAUUUAUGCUUCUUGUGGGGUGUGGAAAUUCAGUCCCCUUAAAGGAUGGGAAUUUGCUGUUGAUGAGAAGAAACGGGGUAGAGUAUUGGUUGUGGAGUUGACAAGUUCCUUUGAAUAUCUAAGGAUUUUGGCUUUUGAUGAUUUUGGAAUAGACCAAAACGAGUUUGAGCUGGAGUUAAGCUACUUACCUAUGGAGUUAAUCGGUGCAGUAGACUGUCCGCCAGUGAUCAUUGCGAAUGAUAGACAAGUCAAAAAUUUCUUAACAUAUGUACGAGGAAAAGCUUCUACAAGGUUGUGUGUGUCAACUUCACCUAUCAAUGGAAACAGCCAAGACUUUGAAGUUGAUAUGAAGGAAUCCAACUCGCCUUUCAGAGAGAAAGGUGAACCUUCCUCGUUUCCACCUCAAGAUGACGAUGGUAGUUCAUCUGAAUCAAGCCAGGAUGUUGAAGAAGAUGAUGUUGUCGUCUCAACUGCAGAAGAAGAUCCUAAGGAAAACAGUGUUCGGUUUUCUUUGGUGGAUGUUGUGAAGAGAGGUGAAACCUUUCAAAACAAAUCGCUGUUGAAAGCAGCGUUGGAAAUGUCAGCGAUGAAGCAUCACUUCGAUUACAAAGUUGUGAAAUCGGACAGAAAACUUUGGUACAUCAGAUGCAUUGACAAUCAUUGCAACUGGAGUGUUCGUGCUGAGGGGUUAUCAGGAUCCACAUAUUUCAUCAUCAAAAAAUAUGUGGCGGAUCAUACAUGUGCUGCGUCGAGUAUGAAAAAUGGUGGUCGGACAGCUUCUGCGAAAACUAUUGGGAGUCUAAUAAUGCAUAGGUACGAGGGUGUGAAAGAAGGUCCCAAAGUUAACGAUAUCAUACAGAUUAUGAGAAUGGAUCAUGGAUGUGAGAUAUCUAAGUCCUUAGCAUGGGAUGCUCGAGAGUUUGCAAUUAAUAUGGUCCGAGGUAUUCCGGAGAAGAGUUUUGAAAAAAUUCCGAAAUACUUGCACAUGCUGAAAGAAGCUAAUCCAGGAACACACACGUUUUAUGAGACUGAUGUUGAUGGUAGAUUCCGAUUUCUCUUUGUUUCGUUUGGGCAAUCUGUGCGAGGUUUUCACACAGCCAUGCGAAAAGUUCUUGUUGUCGAUGGGACAUUUUUGAAGAGCAAAUACAAAGGGGUAUUACUUGUUGCGACAGCUUUAGAUGGAAACUCUAACUUGUAUCCUAUUGCAUUUGCGGUUGUGGACUCAGAAAAUGAUCGCUCGUGGGAUUGGUUUAUGAGAGAGCUACAAGUUGUUGUAGCUGACGACCGUUCCCUAGCUUUUGUAUCAGACAGAAAUAGCUCACUUUGUAAGGCGAUUGAGAAUGUAUAUCCUCUUGCUGAACACGGAAUCUGCAUUCACCAUUUGUUGAAUAAUGUGGUCACACAUUACAGAGGAAAUGGAAUGGUUGGAUUGAUUGCAAAAGCUUCUAAAGCUUAUAGAGUCGUUGAUUUUCGGACGCGAUUCGAAGCUGUGUGCAAUAUCAGUCCAGCUAUUGGAAAAUAUUUGGUUGAUGCAGAUGUUAGAAAGUGGGCUCGCUGUCGGUUUCAAGGAUUCAGGUACGACAUCAGGACGACAAACCCGGCUGAAUCAAUCAACUCAGCUUUGCGCUCACCAAGAGAGUAUCCAGUCAUUCCGUUGUUGGAUAGCAUCAGAGAAAUGCUAACUCGUUGGUUCUUUGAACGUCGGACAAAAAGCAGGAAGCAUACAAAACCAUUAACUAUCCGCAUCGAGAAAAAGAUAGAUAGACGGAUUACCAAGGGUAGAACGUUUCUUGUGCAACCAGUUAACGAGCAUCGUUUCUUGGUUCGUGGAGAUACAUUUGACUGCCUGGUUGAUUUGGACAGAAGAACUUGCUCAUGUGGGAAAUAUGACCUGCUUAAAAUUCCAUGUAGACACGCCAUCAAAGCAGGUUUAACAGUUGGCCGAUCCCCAUCCUCACUAACGGAUGACAUGUACACUACUUCCACAUGGAGAACAGCUUAUCAAGAAACUAUCAAUCCAAUAGGUGUUCCUGAAGAUAGUUGGGUUGUUCCAAAUGAAGUUGAAAUUGCUAGUGUACUACCGCCUGAAUCAAGAAGAGGAGCAGGAAGGAGAAGAAAACGCAGAUACGAGACAGUUGAAGACAAGCUUCGUUCGUCCCAACGAGGUCAAGAAAAAAAGAGGCGCAGAUGCAGUCGAUGUGGCGAAGAGAAUCAUAACAGGGCUACAUGUGACAGAGCUAUUUAG